AUGCGUGAUGGAAAGGGCGUAUCCCGCUCCAAACACGAUGAAGGGGUGCGCAAUGGAGUCAAAGAUCCGGACAAAGGCCACGCUGCGGCAGGCCCGAGACGGAACCGGUCGUCUUCGGACUCUGACGACGCCGACGUGAUGCGACAGCUCUUGUCCCCGGAAAGUCGUCAACGGGUCGUGGCGGCUACCCGGGGACGGGUGGCUCGUCGGCGGGACGUCCACUCCGACGGCCCGGCGAGCGACACUGAUGACCGGGCUUCGGCGAUGUCUGAAGAUGAGGACCCUCGCCACGCAAGUCGGCUUCUGCGACGUGCCCGCAAUGUCGGCACGGAGUCGCCGGCUACAACACCCGUGGGGUCGCCAAACCAGACGCCGGUGCCCAAUAGCUCCUCUUCUGGCGGUAGGUCGCGCGAGGCCGAUAAGAUGGAUGUUGACAGCGUCGGGAACGGGCGCUCUUCGGGAGACAGAAGGCGGCGUGAGGGUGAUGCACGUACGGCUGAGGCACGCUCACAGGAAACGACUUUGCAGGACAGUGUCCCACCUGUGGCGUACGUGCCGUGCCACACGUGGCCACCGUGUGCGGUUUGUGCGCGUAUCACGAAGACGUCGCUCAAGCACAUCCCAAGCAUCACUGGGCAGUUCCGCAAGCGCAUCGCGGAGACGAUGCCGCCAGCCACCGACAUACCUCCUCCUAUAACGGCACCCCAGCACAUUCCUCAGUUGCCCAUCAUGCUACCUCCGCCUUCCAACGCCGCUUCUCCUCCUGUCCCCCCGUCUGCAUCUUCUCCACGCCCACAGUUCCCGCCUCGGGCCUCCAUGGACCCUAUGCCGUCCAACGCGUCGCCUCCGGCUAUACCUCGCCCGCCGAAUGCUCCCAGCGCGUCGCCAAACGCAUACGCGCCGAAGGUCGACUACCCCAUGGAGCCGUUAUUCAUCUCCGCGCUGAACGCGCAUGGGGUCCCUCGCCAGCAGACGUUCAAGAUCCUCCCGCCCGGGGCGGACGGCCGGCGCACGCUCGAAAACAACAUGUUAAACAGCAUGGCGGGCGGGAACCGCCCCGGGGGCUUAUACAACCGCACGGGUCAGCGGAACGCGCAGGCGUCCUCGUCCUCGACGCGCGUCGAGGACCUCGACGGCGCGACAGGCGAAGGAGCAGGAGAAACAGGAGCAGGAACAGUAGGAGCAGGAGGGGCAGGAACGAAGCGUGGGCGCGGCAAGGGACGUAUCCCGGGGCGCAAGCAGCGCGCGAAGCGGUACAACCGGAAGAAGCACGAGGAGUGGCCGCCCGAGGGUUGGAACCCGAUCUGGGAGGAGGAGCGGCCGCGGAACUGGGGCAACUACAACAUCCCGGACGACGUGCCCUCGGACCGAGUGUACGACCACCUGAAGAAGAUCUUCGACCUGAAAAGCGCGGGGUUCUGCCACUGGCAGGGGUGCAAGCCGCAGAACCCGGAAAACCCGGACUACAAGAUGCUGAAGCGGCACGUGGAGACGGUGCACCUCGGGCUGAAGCUCGUGUGCAAGCUGUGCGGUGUCAGGAAGCGCGCGGAUAACCGGCGCAAGGCCACGCACAAGCGGGGGUGCCCUGAGCGCGAGAACGACCCGGCGACGGCGACAAAGACGGCGACGAACAAGGGAAAGGCGACGACGGGCGCGGGCGAGGCGCAGCCUGUGGAGGAAGAUGAGCUCAUGGAGGACGAGGGCGCGUCUGGCUCGGGCGGGUUCGUGUCCGGCGAGGAGGGUUCCGUGGAUGAGGAUGAAGAGAUUGACCAGUUGGAGGACGACAAUUCUGAUGAAGACCAGUUGGAGGGAGACCAAGGCGCGGACCACGACCAGCGGAUGGAGUCCGAAUUCGAGUCCGAGGAUGACUAG